UAGCACCGUGACAGCAGCGCCCUGGCAGAGCCGGAGCCUGGCUCACGUAGGAGUUUCCCGUUAGAGCAAAAGGUGGCUUCCGAGCUCGGCAAACAACUGUCCUGAAGUAUUUGAGAAUGGGUAAAGGCUUCCGCUACUACUUCCAGCACCCCUGGUCUCGCCUCGUUGUGGCUUACCUGGUGAUCUUCUUUAACUUCUUAAUAUUUGCUGAGGAUCCAGUAUCUCACAGUCAGACAGAAGCCAAUGUUAUUGUUGUUGGCAACUGCUUUUCAUUUGUAACCAAUAAAUACCCUGGAGGAGGAGGCUGGAGGUUUCUGAAGGUGCUUCUAUGGCUACUUGCCAUUCUCACGGGACUGAUAGCUGGGAAAUUCCUGUUCCAUCAGCGUUUGUUUGGUCAGUUACUUCGGCUAAAGAUGUUUCGAGAGGAUCAUGGAUCUUGGAUGACAAUGUUCUUCAGCACCAUUCUCUUCCUUUUCAUUUUUUCUCACAUUUACAAUCUGUGCCUCCUUAUGGCAGGGAAUAUGAGGGCAUACAUCAUAACAGACUUUAUGGGCAUCAGGAACGAAAGUUUUAUGAAGGUUGCUGCAGUGGGGACUUGGAUGGGAGAUUUUGUCACAGCUUGGAUGGUCACUGAUAUGAUGCUUCAGGACAAGCCCUACCCUGACUGGGGGAAGUCUGCCAGAGCUUUCUGGAAGAAAGGGAAUAUUAGGAUCAUUUUAUUCUGGACUGUUCUAUUUACUUUGACUUCUGUAGUUGUGCUUGUCAUCACUACUGACUGGAUCAGCUGGGACAAGUUGAAUCGUGGAUUUCUGCCAAGUGAUGAGGUCUCAAGAGCCUUCCUGGCUUCUUUCAUCUUAGUGUUUGACCUUCUUAUUAUCAUGCAGGAUUGGGAGUUUCCACAUUUCAUGGGUGAUGUUGAUGUAAAUCUUCCUGGAUUGCCAUAUGCACAUCUGCAGUUCAAACUACCUUACUUCCAAAAUAUCUUCAAGGAAGAAUAUCACAUACAUAUAACAGGUAAAUGGUUUAACUAUGGAAUUAUCUUUCUGGUUUUAAUCCUGGAUCUAAAUAUGUGGAAGAAUCAAAUAUUUUACAAACCUCAUGAAUACGGUCAAUAUAUUGGUCCUGGACAGAAGAUCUACACAGUGGAGGACUCAGAAAGCUUAAAGGACCUUAACAGAACCAAGUUAUCCUGGGAUUGGAGAUCAAAUAACACAAACCCUCUGACUAACAGGACUUAUGCUGAAGGAGACAUGUUCUUGCAUAGCAGAUAUACAGGGGCUAGCCUUGAUGUCAAAUGUCUGGCCUUUAUUCCAUGUUUGCUGGCUUUUGCUUUGUUUGGGUUCUUCAUCUGGUUCUUUGGGCGAUUUCAGAAAACCGAGCAAGGCAUGGAGAAUCUGGACAAAUCAUACACAAGAAUGAAAAGGAAGUCACCAUCAGACAUGGGAAUGACACGAGAAAAUACACAGGUUUUAGUGGAGAAAACUUUAAGUUUUCAAGAUCCACAUUUAGUAUCCAUAAAAUCAGACUUAAGUGAAAUUGUCUUUAAUUCUUCCCUUCUAACUUCUGAAAACUUGAGCUUACAGUUGAGUGAACAAGACAGCCCAUUACAACCAAUGACAGAGGCUUCUGCCCCUAAGAGUGAUCCCAUGACCUAGAGCAAACUACCCAGAAAAGAAAGAUUUAAAUAACCAAUUAUUGUGAGAGUUCAGUUUUUGUAAGUUAAGGUUUACAUAGUGUUUAGCACAAGAAAUAUAACCCAUACCACAAAGGUGCUCAACAUGCUUUUUCUAGGAAUUUUGUUUUCUAUUUGUAUUAUAAUAUAUGUGCCUACUGUAUAGCUAACAUUCCUUUAUAGAUUGCUUCUCAGAAUUGCACAAACUAUUUAUUAAUACAUUGACGUUACUGUAUAAUAGUGCAUUCAAUGAAUAUUUGCAGGUAUAAAAUUCUAACCGUGGUGGUGCCUUGAAACAUUAAACUGAUUUUUAACUCAA